UUGGUAUAAUGUAUGUUAAACAAAACAUUAGAUCAGCUAAACAAUCUAUCAAUGGUUUGAAAAAACAAAUUGUAUCAAUUCAGGCAGAAUGUGGUAGGUUGAAUUUAUCUCUUAGUAAGUAUGUUGGUGAUAGUUCAGUAUCUUCAACUAGCCAUAAUAUUGAAAAAUCUAAUAAACGAGAUACAAAAGGGCGGCGUAAGAAAAAUAUUAUUACUAAUACGAUUGCUCAACAAAACAAGAAAAAUCAAAGUACUGAAACUAAAACUAAACAAUCAAAAUGUUGA